AUGUCAGCCGCCAUACCUGCCCCCAAAGCCAAGGCGACAGCUUCAGCAAGCAAGCGGAAAGCUGUCGAAGAGACGAGUCCAGUGGCGACGAAGAAGACCAAGGCAACAAAAGAGGAAGCCCAAUCCAAGACCUCGCAGACCUCGCGAUCUUCUGCCACGAAGAAAAAGGCGCCUGGAGACGCCGAUACCGAUGACGAGAAAGACCAACCCUCUGAUGACGAAGGAGACGACGCGCAAGCUCUUGCGCAGGUUAUCGACGGCGAGGCCGAGGAGGAAGAUGGUGUCGUAGGCGCCGAUACAUAUCAAGAGGGCCAGGACGUGGGCAAGAUCCCAGAGGUUUCCAAGGAGCUAGUGAAGUCUUCCAAAUCGGAAGGGAAUGAACCUGGAGUCGUAUAUGUCGGCCGAAUACCCCGUACGACAAACCCUCGUUGUAUCUAUCAGUUUGGAUUAGUCGAACUUGAGCUAACUCGGGUCCCUAUAGAUGGCUUCGAGGAGCACGGUAUGCGCUCAUACUUUUCACAGUUCGGCGCGAUCAAUAAGCUUAGAAUGUCGAGGAAUAAGGCUACUGGUCGAUCGCGCCAUUUCGCGUUCAUUGAGUUCGCAGAGGCAGGUGUAGCUGAUAUUGUCGCAAAGACCAUGGAUAACUACCUUCUGUAUGGGCAUGUACUCAAGGUCAAGGUUGUUCCCAAGUCACAAGUUCACCAGGAUCUAUGGAAAGGUUCGACGAACAAGCGCUUCAAGAAGAUUCCCUGGAACAAGAUGGCUGGCAACCGCCUGGCCAAGCCGUUAUCAGAGUCGGGCUGGACCGAGAGGAUCUCAAAGGAAGAGCAGAGGCGGAACGACCGAGCAAAGAAGUUGUCAGCGAUCGGCUACGAGUUCGAUGCACCGAAGAUGAAGGCCGUCGAAGAUGUGCCCAGGAAUGCUGUGACACUCGAAGCAGCUCAUGAUGAAGCACCGGCAGCCAUUGAAGCAGCUGCUGAUGAUGAUGCUGAAGCUAAACCUGAGCCAGUGGAGGUCGAAGAGGAGACCAAGUCGGUUGAUGAGGAGCUGGCUGUGAAGAAGCGUGCCAAGGUAAAGUCUACGAAGAAGACGAAGAAGUCUUCGAAGACGAAGACCUCGGCGUAG